UAAUGUAAUAAACACAUUUUUACUAUUUCGGUAUACUGACGACACUGCGUAGCACCUAUAAUGUUAUAAUAAACUAUUUUACGACUACAUCAAAAUUAGAUUAAAAGCAAACUUAGUUGCGUCACAUAUUUUGUGGGAAAUGUAAAUACAUGUGAUUAUUAUUAUUAUUAUGUUAUAAUUGUGAUCACACAGCGGUAACCGCGUUAAUGAGUUUCGUUUCCAAGAGGUGUUAUUAGGUUGUUAUACCGAUGUAAGGUUUCGUCGUAUAAAUUUUAACAACAAUUGUUAUUAUUGUUCCGAGGUUUAACAACGCUUUCAGACCACGACGACUGCAUGGGCGCCGACGAGAUGUGGCGGCGGCCCGCCGGGGUUCCCGAAAUAUCGUGAAAUCGAUAUCGAACGAAUGCGCGCCGUUGCUUAGAAUAUUAAGUUACCGUACGAAAUAAACGUAGAACGCCGCGUGAAAUUCGCGGAAACCACGAGGUUACCGCGAAGGAACACGACUAUACCGCAGUCUGUGGCCUGUACGGCUUAUCACAUAGCACAAGGACGGCCGGUUUCGACACAGCAUCGUUUGAAAUCGAUUUAAACAGCCGAUCUCUAUCGAUCAGCACGCGUCGUCUCUCGCAUUCCCACAAUAUUAUUACAGUAACGUCCGACGUACUGCUUGAGACGAUUUUCGACGUUCGGUAACAGAAAAGCGUCCAUAUAGAAAGUAGUGACUGCGCGAGCCACGCCACCGAGGGCCGCAUCGCGAUCGACGUUGAUUCGGGUACACGCAGACUAUAGGUCUAUACCGCGGGUACCUCGGUUACCUACGUCGUGCUUUGUGCCGUCAUCAGACGUGUUGUACGCCCGACCGGAACUACAGCGAACCGACGGCGGCCGAUCAUGUUCUUUGUGACGACUCGCGGAUGGUUGCAACUGGAAACCACACUCCAAUCGUGACUCCAAUCGUGCGCCGAAAACGUUUGCCACGUGAAAUUUAACGCGAGAUCGUUGAGAGAACACGACCACCAUCGAUCGUCGGUACCCUGCAACGAUGAAACGGGAACCAGUGACUUGGUCCGACGCCGACCGUUGUCCAAGUCCGACUUCGACCUCAGCUAUCCCGAGGACUUGGACUAUUUGUGCAAGAAGUUUGCGGCCGCGGAACGGCGGCAUGUCACGAUGGAGAGCUUUGCAUCGUCAUCGUCGCCGAGCACGCCAGGAGCCGGUCAGGGGUGCUGUCCAUCCGCAAUCAAUUCGUCUUCCUGUGCCACUGCCACCGCCCAGUCUACUAUACAAAGCAUCAACGUGGUGCAAAAGACCCAUUCCUUCUUCAAUUCUUUAAAGAAUCGGUGGUUUCCUACCGAGGAGAAAUGGGCCAAAGGGAGAAAUAAAGCACGAGGCUCUGACACUGACGAGUCACCCUCUGAAUCUCCUAUACUUGCAAGACUAGUCCGUCCAGACACUUUACAACAAACUAAGUCUACAGACUCAAGAAAUACUCAAAAUUCAAUUACUAGCGAAUUUGGAUUGACCCAGAAUUGGUUCCAGAAAGUUGUUUCACGCGACCAUCCUAUUCGACUUCGGAGACAAAAUUCAAUAAGAUCUGAACAACAAAUAGAGUUGGCUACACCAGAAGGUCAAAAUCCAAUUCAUAAUGAUGCUUUGCUCAGAAAAUACGACUUUUUUCAACUCAAAAUACAUUUGAAAAAAGGAAAAGAUCUCAUUGCUCGUGAUAAAAAUGGUCUUAGUGAUCCAUAUGUGAAGUUUAAGAUAGGUGGAAGACAGAUUCAUAAAUCGAAAACUGUGUAUAAAAGUCUGAAUCCAACUUGGGACGAAACGUUUUCACACCUACUAGAUGAUCCCUUUGAACCAAUUCAAAUAAAGGUUUUUGAUUAUGAUUGGGGUCUUCAAGAUGACUUUAUGGGAGCGGCGCAGAUCGCUUUGACGACCUUAGAAUUGGGCAAACAGCACGAGAUAUGUUUACAAUUACGAGAUACACAAAAUGCUGAAUACCUUGGUGAGAUUUAUCUAGAUGUAACUUUAACACCUCAAUCCCGAGAAGAACGCGAACAGAGUCUUCAAAAGACUGGAAGAGUAACGGAAAUAGGUAGAAAGUACAAAUGUCAAGUUUGGAGUUCAGUAGUAACUAUUGUUUUGAUUAAAAUAAAAAACUGUAUAAUACCUGAAGGUUUGUGUGACCCAUAUGUCCGUUUCAGAUUGGGAGGAGAAAAAUUCAAAAGCAAAGGUAGUAAUCGAAUUCCAACGCCUACUUGGCUGGAACAAUUCGAUUUACAUUUGUUCGACGAUCAGACUCAAGAACUAGAAAUAAACGUGUGCGCGAAAGAACGUUCACGCGAAGAAAUAGUAGCAAGCACCGUCGUGGACCUGAGUAAAUUGGAACGGGAAAAAACGCACAAAAUCAAAUACAAACUCAACAUCGGCGGUGGCGGUGACGAUGGCGGCGGCGGCGAUCAUCAUCAGCAUCGCGACGCUUCCGGCGCAGGUGUCGGUGGUGUACUGUACCUGUUGCUGACCAUCAGCGGCACGUCAACGAUCGCCAUGGUGUCGGACCUGUCCAACUACGAACGCGAGAUCACGGAACAGGAACACGUCCGGCAGAAGUACGCGAUCGGCCGGACGUUUUGCGACCUGCUCGACGUCGGCGUGCUCACGGUCCGCGUGUACAAGGCCCACGGGCUAACGUCCGCCGACCUGUGCGGCAAGUCCGACCCGUUCUGCGUGCUCGAGCUGGUCAACGCCCGGUUGCAGACGCACACGGAAUACAAAACGCUGGCGCCCACGUGGGACAAGAUAUUCACUUUCAACGUUAAAGAUAUCAACUCUGUUCUCGAAGUGACAGUUUUUGAUGAAGAUCCUGAUUACAAAGUUGAGUUCCUGGGAAAAUUAGCUAUACCGUUGCUUUCUAUUAACAAUGGUGUCCAAAAAUGGUAUUCUCUCAAGGAUAAAAAGUUAUCAGGACGGGCUAAGGGAAACGACCCGAAAAUCUUAUUGGAAAUGCGGCUCAUCUGGAACCCGAUACGAGCGUUUAUCAGGACAUUAAAUCCAAAAGAAGAAAAAUAUAUGCAGCAAGAAAUCAAGUUCAAAAGACAGACACUAAUCAGAAAUGUAAUGAGGCUCAAACAGCUCGUCUUGUGGGCUAUCGAUAUUGGAAAAUAUUUUGAGUACUGGGUGGAAUGGGAGUCGCCGAUUCACACUAUUCUCGUAUUAAUCGGGUUCGUGUUGGCUUGUCAGUUCUUCGAACCGUAUAUGGCACCUAUUGCUUUAUUACUGGUCUUCCUCAGAUACUAUAUAGCACAUUCGUGGGGUGCGUCUAAAUUAAUCGACGAAGACGACGAACAACAGACCGAUGAAGACGACCAACAAGACGAUCAACAGGAUGAUCAAGAUGACGAAAAAGCAAAGGAAGAAAAAAAAUCUCUGAAAGAGCGAGUGGCUGCUGUACAAGAAGUCACGCAAUUAGUUCAGAACACAAUCGGAGACAUAGCUUCGUUUGGUGAAAAAAUUAAAAACCUUUUAAACUUUUCCGUACCAUUCUUGUCGUACUUGGCCAUCGUGUUGCUGAUUGCUGUUACAACAGUGUUGUAUUAUAUUCCCAUAAGAUAUCUGAUUAUGGGUUGGGGCAUCAAUAAGUUUACCAGGAAAAUACUUCGGCCACAUACAAUUCCAAACAACGAACUUCUGGAUUUGCUUUCUAGGGUUCCCGACAACGAGGAGAAGAUAUAUUACAAAGAAUUAACAACUAUCGAAAGUGUGGACGGUGGUGAUAAAUCAAACAAAGAUUCAAGAAGAAAACAGAAGCUGUGAUUAUUUUUUACAAUUUUGCAAGGUAUUAAUUUCGGUUGUUCUUAGUAAUUAAAUAUAUGGUACAACAUUAUUGCUAUUUUAUUAUCAUUAUUAUUAUUGCCUAUUGAUAAUAUGAAAACUUUUAAAU